CAAGCAAAAGCGCAACGAAAAGGGAACAGCCAGUUUCUUUUUUAACUCGUGCUCUUGCAGUUCACAAGCUUUCGCCGCGCAAGAUGCCUGGUGUAUUGAGAAAUGUCUCUAGGACCUUGCUUCAACGUACUUUGGGAGCGGCAAACUCAAAGCGACACUCAUCCACUGAUAUUAGCACGGUGACCCUGAUUCCUGGCGAUGGCAUUGGUCCAGAAAUAUCCAGUGCUGUGCAGGAUAUAUUCAAAACUGCUGGUGUGCCAAUCCAGUGGGAAACAGUAGACGUCACACCAGUGAAAGGGCCAGAUGGAAAGUUUGGCAUCCCACAGAAGGCCAUCGACUCUGUCAACAAGAACAAGAUCGGCCUCAAAGGUCCCCUGAUGACACCCAUCGGCAAGGGCCAUCGUUCUCUUAACCUUGCACUGAGGCAGGCGUUCAGUCUCUAUGCAAAUGUGAGACCGUGCCGUUCACUCGAGGGCUUCGAGACACCCUACAAGGAUGUGGAUGUUGUGACGAUCCGUGAAAACACCGAGGGAGAGUACAGUGGCAUCGAGCACGAGAUUGUACCAGGAGUGGUGCAGAGCAUCAAGCUGAUCACAGAGCCUGCGUCAAGAAACAUUGCCAACUAUGCGUUUGAGUAUGCCAAAGCAAAUAACCGGACUAUGGUUACUGCUGUACACAAGGCCAACAUCAUGCGGAUGUCUGAUGGCCUUUUCCUACACUGCUGUCGAGAAGCAGCUGAGAGGAACCCUUCCAUUAAGUACAAUGAGAUGUACCUGGACACACUGUGCCUCAAUAUGGUUCAGGAUCCAUCUAAGUUUGAUGUUCUUGUUAUGCCUAACCUUUAUGGAGACAUCCUAAGUGAUUUGUGUGCUGGUCUUGUUGGAGGACUUGGAGUGACACCAAGUGGGAACAUUGGCUAUGAUGGAGCUAUUUUUGAAUCGGUCCACGGGACAGCGCCAGACAUUGCUGGCCAGAACAAAGCAAACCCAACUGCUCUUCUGCUCAGCGCUGUCAUGAUGCUGCGCCACAUGAAGCUCACAAACUUUGCUGACGUCAUUGAGACUGCCUGCUUCGACACAAUCCGGGAAGGAAAGUAUCUCACCGCUGAUUUGGGGGGCAACGCCACGUGUUCCGACUUCACAUCGGAAAUUUGUUCCAAGGUAGUUGCUGCCAAGAAGUAGCCACCGUAGCAAGAUCUACACCAUCACCGGCCAGCAGAAAAGACAGUCUUUCAAAAUGACAGUUUAGCUGUAGAAAAGAGCACAAUAGAAAUGUGAUUUCUUUGCUUUUCUUUUUUUUUUUUUUUGUUGAAAGCCUUUUUUUCUCAACUUUGUUCAGUAAUGUGGUGCUGUGGUCUGUAGAAGCUAGUGGACCAAGUCGCUGGUUACAAAAUUGGCUACCCCUCCACAUAAUGCGCAUUUCAAUUUGGUAGAUAAUUGAAUUCACUUACCGGUGUGGUCUGUUCACGGCUUGAUUUUAGUAAUGCAGCCAGCUGCUUGGUCAGCAUUGAGUACUUUGUAACUCUCACUUUUGGGCACAUGUGACUUGCAGCAUGAGCUGGUUGUCUUGAAGCAACGGAGGUGGAUGUGAAGAGAGAAACAUUCAUGCAGGCACAUUUCGGGACUGGGUUUACCACAUUUGCACGAUUCAAACGUGCACCUUUUUUUGAGCAAAAAAGUGCAGUCAAAUUUGCAUGCAUGUUACAAUCGUAGCUAAUUCUACUCAAUAUCAAAAACGAAACCGAUUCUUACUAAAAUAGAAAGCUCAAUGCAAGGUAGCUAGCCUCAGUGCCAUCGAACGGACAUUUUUUUAUGCCUUGGUUUGCGGUCGCCAUUUUCCAGUUUGCUGUAUGUGUGGCAUUUCUAAUGCAUAAGAUGGAACUGAAGAUGGGCAGCAAGAAGGAGGUGUCGGUCAGACUCCGAUAGCGACUAGCCGCUAAGAUUCAGCUGUGUGGAAGUCUGGGUGCCUUUGUGUGUUCCAUAAGGUUGUUUCAACACGUUACGUGUUGACUCAAGUGUUGUUACUUGAUGUGCACGGUAGAGUUGGCACCAAGUUAAUUUUUCUUUCAUAUAUUUGGACGGUAAUAUAACUGCACAUUACAAUUGGGGGCGUGGUAAAAUAUUGCAAAUACGAUAUUUUCAUGCUGCACUGCUGUUGAGUGUACUGACGAUGCUGUCACCACUUCAGGGAAGGCCUUUAUUGCAGAGGCUGUUGGGUCACGUGAGAGUGGAUAUGGCAAUCUCUGUAAGUUACGUUUUUGGGGUUGUUGAAGAGUGCCACUAACCUUGUAGUUAUGAAGAUCCUUAGUUCUAGCUUGAUCUUUCUUCCCCCGUAUUGAGCCUUGGUAGCUAAGAGGACAAAAAAAGUUAAUGCUCAUGGAUGUAUCAAUCCUUAGUAGCUCAUGCAUCAAAGAUAAUGAAGCUGUACAAGGUAGUUCUUGUACCCUUUGGAAUUUCUAGGGGUCUGUUCUUCCACUGCCUGAAAUCUACCUAAGACUUUGCAAACACUUCACGAUAGCUGAUGCAAUUUCUUUGCUGUACCAGAACCUUUCCAAACAUCUCGCUAUAUCCGAGCUUAGUUCUUCAAUAAUCUUCACAAUCACCAACAUCCUUUUUCUGUAUUACUUGCCAGCUACACAGACUCCUGCAUCCAACUGUAUUUCAACAGUCUGGUCACACGGCCGCUUCAUACGGCCACUGCAUGGCUGGCUGUUAUUAAUGAUAGUUCAUCAUGAAUGCUAGCAUGCAGCUAACGUUCCCAGAGACGCCUUGGUCAAGCUGCUGCUUCAGGGCUCAAACAGAGGUCGUGAUGUUGGCUAUUCUGCGGCUGACAUUCAAUACUGGCCCUGCUGUCUCGCACCGCCGCCGCACCAACAACGUUUUGGAACUCCCCUUAACGGCAUCACUGUAAAACAGGUUGAUUUUAGAUGUCGGUGCACCAUAAACUUCAAGCUUCAAGCCUUCUCUUCUUUUUUGAUUGAUGUUUUCGUUGAAGCAACUCCUGGGGCUACAUAGUGCAAAGUUUAGCUUCUCAUGAAGGCAUAAUCUGAGACGCAUCACCGGACCUACAUUUUGCCUCUAAAAUGAGUACACCCUGGAAUGGAAAUCAUCAAAGUUUGCACACCCGUUUGAAUUAUGGUAAAAAGUGCCCAUGCAGUAGAAGUAUCUUGUGGUUUUGUGCUGUAGUCAACGUACGAAGUGCAAAGAAAGUUUGCAGGGUUGUUAUUUUGUUGUUUGUUAGUAGUUGUUCUUGAAGAGCCAUCUGCUGCUUUAGUGUUUUUCAUUUUAUUACGUAGGGCAUUCUGAGAGAUCAAGUGCUUCUUGUUAACCUAGUUCCACAUAUUUCUCACUUUACAAAGGCAAUGAGAAUGCACUUUGCUUCAUUCAUGGUUGCCAAUUUUUAGUCAUGUUGUUGGCCAAAUAUAAUUGAUCUGGCAUCAAUAAACGAAUUUGCAGUCUGGCCUCUACAUUAUGUGCUGAGAUUUUGAUGAAAUUUCAGCUUGAAUGUGAGUGUGUAUUCAAUACCGAAAGACAGUUCUAAGUAGACUUUAUUGAAGGUAGCUUAAAUGUCUUUGAUUAGCCUGAUGCUUGCUCUCUGAAGCAACGGGAGGGAAGUUGCUCUUACAUAUGUCUUUUCUCAUGUCACAAAUGUUGCACGCCUUGUUUGAUACUUAUUUAUAUUGCCCUUUUUCUUGCAUAAUUUUAUGCCAACAGCUCUGCACCGGAACACUUAUGGAGCUCAGCUUGUUGCUUACAAUGCACUUUUGCUUGAAAUGCUGUGCUACUCGUCUAAAUCCUCAUUUCUGCUGUUUACAAGCAGCCCAUCUAUCUUUUUGCUCUUACUCUCUCUGUCUUACCUUUUGAAAAAAUUUUGUGGCAUUCGGCGAGGGGAACCGUGGUACUGCUGAAUGUGAAAAGAAGUGUGGGAGAUUUUGAAUGCCAAAUCAUGCAAAAAGGUCUGAACAGAUUGAUCUUUUCUGCUGUGUGUUGCUGAUACGGUCUUGUGUAAAGUUUUCAUUGCCAUACCCCGCUAGUUCUUGCAUGUGAAAGAAACUACACAACUACUUUUUCAGGCACUCUAGGCAACUGCUGUUUUAAAUCUGGCGUUUGUCGAAACACAAAAUGUAAAGUAGAAUUGCGGUGCUAAAUUUAGGUAUAUAAGGCCAAGCAGUUUGCUUGCUCUCUCUCUGUUUUAGUCAGAAAUAUAGUUUCCUAACCCAAUUAAGCAGCUCUAACGUAACCACGCCUGUGUGUGAAUCCAUUCUAUUAGGGUUCGAACUGCCUAGACUUUGCAGAGAUAAGGAUCCUGUUCCUCAAAUACGUUACAAACACAUACGUGUGAUGGUCAUUUAAGAAUGUGCACCACACGUCUUUGCUUUAAGCCAAUGACCUGUCUGUUGCCUUUGUCUCAACUGGCCACACAUGUACUUUUUACAGGAAGUUUCCGAGUGUGAAAUUUUUUUUUCUGCACUUGUAGUCUCCUCAUCACCAACCAUGCCAGAUAGAGGGAAGGGCAUUUGUGUGAAGAGCUAAGGGUAAAUUCUACAUGCAUAGCUCAAUGUCGCCUAGUCUUUCAAUACGCACGCUAGCACACGCAGCCGCGGUGAUGGCGAGAGUGGGGGGGGGGGGGGGGGGGGGGCAUACGAUGCUGCUCCGUGUUUGUUUUGCAGCUCUAUUUGUUUUAGUGAACAUGUCCCGUUUGCACUGUAACUAGAUCCUGCUUGCACAAAUAAAAGCAAUGCAAGAUACACA